GUGGCUGUGGCUUAAAGGGAAACAAAGGUCGGUUGCAGCCUGCACCAGAAACAUGUCUCACAUAGCUGUGGAGAGAAACAGGAGAAGACAGAUGAAUGAGCAUCUCAAAGUUUUACGCUCUUUAACCCCAUGCUUUUAUAUCAAAAGGGGAGAUCAAGCAUCUAUAAUAGGUGGCGUUAUAGAGUUUAUCAAGGAGUUGCACCAAGUUCUACAAUCUUUGGAGUCCAAGAAAAGAAGGAAGAGUCUAAGCCCUGGCCCUGCUCCUAGCCCCAGACCAGUACUACUACUGCAGCCAAGUACCCCUCAGUUCGAUAGCAGUACCUUUGGGUUUGAAAAUGUUAAGGAACUAGGAGCAUGCUGCAACUCUCCAGUUGCAGAUAUCGAAGCAAAAAUUUCAGGAUCGAACGUGGUCUUGAAAAUUGUCUCACGUAGAAUCCCUGGACAAAUCGUAAGGAUAGUCACUGUGUUGGAAAGGCUUUCGUUCGAGGUUCUUCAUCUGAAUAUCAGUAGCAUGGAGGAUACUGUUCUAUACUCCUUUGUCAUUAAGGUAUAUAAUAAAUCUACUUUCUUAUCUUUAAACUUAUUUGUAUUCACACUUAUAACCACUGAUCUUAAUAAUUCUUACUCGCCAUCUAGGGCACAAAUUAAGCCAACAAUAUUAAGAUGAUCGGUGAAACAGAACUCACU